CUGGUCAACAUCUUCAACGUGACUUUUUGGAAUGUGACUGGUGUAUUCAAACCAAGCUAACUGUUCGACAAUCCUAUGGAACAAAUAAGUAUACAUACAUAUCCUCGUUCUUCGUGACAUGCCAACAUCGGACAGACUGACAAUGCAUGGAUCUGCAUAGAUAGGUCGGUUCCAACAUGUUCAUGACUCUUCUGCCAUUGUAUCACUAUGGCCGAACUGAUAGACUUGGAUAUAUGUUCCAGUCCGCAGGGGGACGUUGUCAAGGUAACCAGUAACCCCCGGGCGAACCUUAUGUUCUAUUUACACUGCAUCAGUAACGUUUUGGAUUUAAGUGAACAUCCUGUCGAGAUAACGAAGCUAAGGGAUUACCAAAACUUUCAUCUACUCUCGGACGAGGAAAUUGACGACCUUCUUAUACUUUCUGUGCAAUUCUACCCGGCAAUUCUUAUAGACAAAUGUAUCAUAUUAAAUGACGAGAAAUGUGGAAAGUACGAAAACAGAUAUGUGGAUCUGGCCGAUGCCCACAUGGACUACCCGGUGGUAGAGAGCAUGACCAUAGGUGGGGUGGAGUACCAAGUGAUGCGUGCUAUGUACUUCACAGUGACAUUUAUAGAGGAAUACUACUAUGUGCCAAUGUGUCACUUCAAUGCCAGACUAGAUAGACUUAAAACGGCUGCAAAACGCUACAAAGACACCGACACGUGUUGCACGAUCCUCUGAUGUCAGAGUGUUAAUAAAAAACGUACUGUGAUCUCAAUGCCUCUCCGGGGAUUCAUGUAGGUAUAUAUUUUCGCACGUGCAUUAUCACUAAAACUACUUGAAUGCAGUUAUAUUUUCAUCUUCAAUUUUAUUUUCUCCAGAAACACAAGUCUUUUGUAGCAGAAGUGCAAUCAGCAUAUGCAUAUUAAGUAACAACGAAAGUGAUUAUAUGUGUUGAACAUAAUUAAGUGCAUGGAUACACGAAAAAUAUCAUUUUGGGAGAGAUACAUGUAAGACAAAAACAUGUUCACCGACCAAUGUAAUACAUUGAAGGUUCCGACCUACAUACCCACGGAAAAUUCUUUGUAAUAGCAGUUAGAUCAUUCAGCAACGAAGAAAUAUGUCUGGGUAGUUUUAUCUAUAAACCUGAUUUAUUUAAUCUGCUUAUUGACGCUUGUGGAAGAAAUCUAAGCAAUCCUUGAAUUAACGAAAACGUACCACAGAGGAACUCUAUGCUCAAUACCAACGUGUUAAACAGAAUCAACAAUAAAACAUAGACAUUUAAAAAUCAUCGUGGGCACAAUACCAGCCAUGGUCACAUACAGCAGUGUAUUAAUGAGUAAACAGUUUGGGUACACCACAGGAACAGUAAGUCAUGUGAUUGUUAUAGAUAAUAAACAGGUAACUACCAUUUGCUUUGACCGGAUCUCACAACGUCUGAAAAUGGAGAAAAUCUGCUAAGCAUACAACUCAUAUUGUAUGUUGAAAUAGUAUCUACUGUUGCUGAGCUAUAAUUUUGUUUACCGUUAAUAAAUCUCUGUAAUUAAAAAUUAUUUACCUUUUUGCUGAUAAUAUGUUUUCGUGAAAUCGAUUACGUUGAAUGGGAUUUUAACUAAAACUAUUUGAUACUUAUUGCAGAUAUUUCUGUUGUUAUACAUAUUUUGUUUAUUAAAGCUAUUUGUAUCAUAUUAUCAAGUCAAAAAUUUGCUAUAAUAUAUGAAUUUCUGAAUUAGAAACAUUAAAUUUACCUAUAUUAGGUACUGAUAAAUAUGUAGUGGUUUACCUUAAUUUUCUCCAGUGUUACCAGUAGCACCAUUUUUUACGAUGCAGGUAAAACAGGAAUUAUUCUAGCUGAAAAAUAUUCUAGUUUACUUAAGGUAAUGUUGUUAGUACUAGUGCUUCAAACUUAAGCAACAAAACACCAUUAAUAUUAUCUGUUUUUUUUUAUAAUAUAUUGAGUCGAUUCAAUAGGGCUAUUUAAAUCAAUUAUUACAUUAUAAGCUAGCUGUUACAUUCCAACUGUAUGCAUGGUUUAGAUCUUGUCAUACUAGUAUUGUAAACAAACUUAUUUUCGCAAGCGAUUCAUUUUUGCGGGUGAUUAAAUUCGCGAGAAUUAAUCGCCGCGAAAUAGUAUUAAACAACGAUACAGCGGGCCUUUUAUGACUGUCGAUCGCGAGGUGAAAUCGCUGCAAAAAGGUCGUUAGACAUGAAAACACAAGAUUAAGUCGCCGCGAAAAUAGGUUAGUUUAAGGUAUAUUGAUGCAUAUAAUUCACGAUGGAUUAUACAUGAAUAUUUUAUGCAAUUGUUUGUUAGUACACUUUGUAUGUUUAAAUGUAGGUGAAAAAAAUUGUUAUGUCAAAAAAUUGAUUGUGCUUAUUUCAAAGCAUACAUUAAAUUGAACAUAUGUUGUAUUACCAACACAUUAUCUAGCCAUAUGCAGGUUCAUUAUAUUACUCUAGUCAUUAUGUGUAUUCACAAGCAAGUGAACCAUACUACAAUACAUAUGUAAAUCUAUCUUAUGUUAUUUGAAUAUCUAUUAUGCAUGACUCGAUCAUCUAACCAGGUUCUUUACUGUGUAAUCGUUGAUAUUAACUGAUCAUUUGUGAAAAAUUGAAUGACGAACAUGUUUAUAUAUUAAAUUGUAUGUAAAAUA